AUGUUGCUGCAAGCCAACGACAUCCGCGAGUCCAGUGUGGAGGAGGAUGUAGAGUGGUACCAGGCACUGGUCCGCAGCGUGGCCGAAGGGGACCCACAGGCAUACCGGGCCUUGCUGACUUUUAUCCCUCCACCUGGGGCCAGCCACCUCCAGCUGGCCCUGCAGGCCACCCGAAUAGGGGAGGAGACCAUCCUUCGCGACUUAUCUGGGAACAGAGUGCAGGAGGAGAGCCUAGCUGGGGACCUGGACAUCCCUGCCCUGCAGAAGCGGGUGCUGACCAAUGACCUUGGGAGUCUUGGCAGCCCCAAGUGGCCACAAGCAGAUGGAUAUGUGGGGGACAUUCAGCAGGUGAGGCUGUCUCCUCCCUUCCUUGAGUGCCAGGAGGGCCGGCUUCGUCCUGGCUGGCUGAUCACACUCUCAGCAACCUUCUAUGGACUCAAGCCAGAUCUCAGCCCAGAGGUCAGGGGGCAGGUGCAGAUGGACAUAGAUCUCCAGAGUGUGGACAUCAAUCAGUGUGCAAGCGGCCCAGGUCUUUUUUCAGGUGGGAAAGAUCUUUCAAAGAAAGCCCCAUACGAAUACAUACUGUGUUUGUUGUCCCCACAGUGUGUCCCACUAGAGAGUCAGGGCUUUGUCCUUGGUCAAUACCUCUGCCGCUGCCGACCUGGAUUCUACGGGGCGAGCCACUCUGGGGGGUUAGAAGAGAGUGCCACCCAGACUACCGGGCAAUUCGGGUCCCUACAAGGCAGCUCUGGGAGGCUACUGCAGUGCCAGCCAUGUCCCGAGGGUUGCACCAGCUGCAUAGAUGCCACACCAUGCCUGGUGGAGGAGGCCCUGGCACUGCGAGCUGCAGUGCUGGCCUGCCAGGCCUGCUGCAUGCUGGCCAUCUUCCUGAGCAUGCUGGUCUUCUACCGCUGCCACCGGAGCAAGAGGAUCUGGGCAUCUGGAAUUGUCCUGCUGGAAACCAUCCUUUUUGGAUCCCUGCUCCUCUACUUUCCUGUCUUCAUCCUGUACUUCAAGCCCAGUGUAUUCCGCUGCAUUGCUCUUCGCUGGGUCCGGCUGCUUGGUUUUGCCAUUGUCUACGGCACCAUUACACUCAAGCUUUAUAGAGUGCUACAGCUGUUUCUGUCUCGGAAGGCCCAGCGGGGCCCCCAUCUGAGCAGCGGGCGGCUGCUGCAGCGCCUGGGACUGCUCCUGCUGCUCGUGCUAGGCUUCCUGGCCAUAUGGACGGUGGGCAUCCUGGAGCAAGACAUCCACCAUGCACCUCUAGUGAUCCAAGGCCACACUCCCACUGGCCGCCAAUUCUACCUCUGUCACCACGACCGCUGGGACUACAUCAUGGUUGGGGCUGAGAUGCUGCUCCUGUGCUGGGGCAGCUUCCUCUGCUAUGCCACCCGGGCUGUACUCUCAGCUUUCCAUGAACCACGCUACAUGGGCAUUGCCUUGCACAACGAGCUGCUGCUCUCUGCUGCCUUCCACACAGCCAGGUUUGCGCUGGUCCCCUCCCUGCACCCAGACUGGACCCUUCUCCUCUUCUUCUUCCACACCCAUGGCACAGUCACUGCCACACUGGCUCUGAUCUUCAUCCCUAAGUUCUGGAAGCUGGGGGCUCCACCCCGGGAAGAGAUAGUGGACGAGGCGUAUGAGGAAGAGCUGGAUCUGCAGCGUUCAGGCUCCUACCUUGACAGCAGCAUCGCCUCAGCCUGGAGCGAGCGCAGCCUGGACCCGGGAGACAUUCGGGAUGAACUGAAGAAGCUCUAUGCCCAGCUUGAGGUCCACAAGACCAAGGAAAUGGCUGCGAACAACCCUCACUUGCCCAAGAAGCGGGGCAGCUCCCGCCAGGGGCUGGGCCGCUCCUUCAUGAGGUACCUGGCCGAGUUCCCUGAGGCCCUGGCCCGGCAGCACUCUCGGGACUCAGGGUCCCCAAGUUGCAGCAGUUUGCCUGGCUCCUCCCGAAGACGGCUCCUCAGCUCCAGCCUCCAGGAGCCGGAGGGGCCACCGGCUCUGCGCCAGUCCCACAGCACCUAUGACCAGCACAGGGAGCAAGACCCACCUCUCGUUGACUCCCUGCUGAGGAGGAAGCUGGCCAAGAAGGUCUCACGGGCAGAGAGCCGGGACUCCAUGGAGGUGCCUCCUGCCCUGGGCUUCAGGUCCGCCAGUGCCCACAACCUGACUGUGGUGGAGAGGCUCCCCAGAGCCCGCCCGGCCUCCCUGCAGAAGUCGCUCAGCGUGGCUGGCUCCAGGGAAAAGGCCCUGCUGGUGGCCAGCCAGGCCUACUUGGAGGAGACCUACCGGCAGGCGAAGGAACGAGAGGAGCGAAAGAAGGCCGAGGCAGCCAUGGUGAGCCCAGUGCGGAGGCCAUCAGCCAGAAGGAUGCCACAGGCUCGAGGGGCCCCCCUGUCAGCCCCUCCUUCCCCUGCCAAAAGCAGCAGCAUAGACAGCUCUCACAACUCAGGGAAGCUUCAUGAGGAGGCUGGGAGAAGGCUGCCCCAUCCACCCAUCAGGCACCAGGUCUCCACACCCAUCUUGGCCCUUUCUGGGGCCUGCCUGGGAGAGCCCAGGAUGCUGUCUCCCACCUCCACCUUGGCUCCAGCUCUGAUGCCAGUUCUAGCCCCCACCCCAACCCCUGCCCUGGUACCAGUCCCAGUAGCCCCUCCAACCCCUAGCUUACUCUCCUUUAUCUGCCCAUGGGAGAAUGCAGAACUGCCAGUCAAGAAAGAAAAUGUAGCCCAGGAAGCCUCCUCAGGACCAGAGCGUGGCAGCCACUCCCCCGCCCCACCUCGAGCCAGGUUCUGGAGGGCCCUGUCUGUUGCAGUGGAGAAAAAGGGGCCUGGGGAGAAUGAGGUGGACACAGAGGACAGGCAUCUCCAGGGAGAAGCAGAUGAUGUGGAUGAGGAUAGGCCCAAGAUCUUCUCCAAAUCCCACAGCCUCAAGACCCCUGUGCAGCAGGGUUCUAUGCGCAGUCUGGGACUGGCCAUCAAAGCUCUAACCCGCUCUCGGAGCACAUACAAAGAGAAGGAGGGUGGGGAGGAGAGUUCUGAGGGGGAGAAGGAUAGAGCUGCAGCGGAGAGUGUGGGGACAGCCUCUAGAUCUCCCAGGCUAGGCCGGCCCAAGUUGGUGAGUAAGCAGGCUGCCCUUGCUCCCUGCGAUGAUGAGGAGUCCCUCCAGAAUCAACAGAAUGCUCACACCAGCAGAAUGCUCCGGGUCUGUCAACAGGAGGGCAGCAGGGAAAAAGAAGACAGAGGCAAUAGGGCAUCCCAAGGUCUAGGGGAGCAGAAAGUUGAGAAAGCAGGUAAAACAGGGCCUGCCACACUGAGGCAAAUUUUUAGGGAUAAAAAUCUUGAGCAAACCAAAGAAGCCACCAUGGGGUGGCGGGAACCCUCCAAAGCUGGCCUCUGGUCCCUGGGCAGUACUGACCACAGGAUGGUAGAUGUAUGCCCCUGGGAAGUCACUGAGUCGGAAAUAUGUCACCCUGACAGCAGCAACAAGGCUGAAAUCUGCCCCUGGGAGGUGAGUGAAGGAUCCCCUGAGAGGAAGGCAUUAAGACAAACUCUAGAUGACUUCCAAGAAGAGAGGGGGAAAGCCCUAGAAAAAUCAGAGCCUAAAGAUGUUGUUGCGAUUGCCCGGAAAAAGCCAGAGAGGUUGGUGAGGGGGCAGGAAGCCGUGUGUCCCUGGGAGAGCACUGAGCCUGGAGGUCUGUCCCCUCAGUCAUCCCCUCAGGACUCUGACAGAAUCAAGCGCAGGUCUGAGGCAGCAGGCAGUGAGGAGGCUAGGAAGGUGGAGAAGUCUGACAGGGCCACAGCAGAGAUAUGUCCCUGGGAGGCAAGUGAAGGAACAGAGGAUGGGAAGCCAGCCCAGGAGGUGGUAAAGGAACUCCCUCAGGAAAAGCAGCAAACUUCUAAGAAACCAAUCUUUUGGAAGGAACAAAAACUGGGUGGAGACUUGGAGUCUCUUUGUCCAUGGGAGAGUACAGAUUUUCGGGGCCCCUCAGCAGUCUCAAUUCAGGACCCAGGAAGCCCACAGUGCUCAGGGAGUUUGGGUGGCAGCACAGCUGAGAUAUGUCCACAGGAGGCAGGAGAAGCGCCUACUACGCAGAAAGCAGAAAUCUGCCCUUGGGAGCUGGAUGAUGAGGUAAUGGGGCAGGAAAUGCUAAGUCAGGGGACAGGCAGAGAAUCUCUUCAAGAAAAGGAAAAAUCCUCCAGAAAAGGAAGCUUAGGAGAGAUGACAGAACAAACUACGAAGGCAGGGCAGAAAUUAAGUCAAUGGCAGGAAUCAGUGUGUCCCUGGGAGAGCACAACCCCUGAGCACUCCAGCCUAUGUCUAGACAAUUCCUCAUCCAAAGCUGGCAGUCAACUCCCAAGCAAUGGAAAAAACAGAGCAACACAGGUGGGUCCAUGGGAAGAUCUCAAGUCAGAGGUACAGGACAAAACAGAAAUCUGUCCUUGGGAGGUGAAUGACACAACAAAGGAGGACUGGACCUCAGAACAGGAACCAAAAGGAGGUGAAUCUCAAAAGGACAAGGAGAAAAUGCCUGGAGAAUCAGGAAUUGAUGUCACAGCUCGGGAAAAGCCUGAGGGGCAGAUCCAAAAGCAGGAAGCAGUCUGUCCCUGGGAGAGUACAGACCCUGGCAGCUUCCCACCACAACCAGGUCUUCAAAACAGAGAGAGACACCCUGCCACUUCUUUCCAGAUGUCAGGCAGUGUGGGGAGCAAAGCUGCUGAGAUUUGUCCAUGGGAUGUGGAGGAACCCCCAACUGCUGAGAAGGCAAAGAUCUGUCCCUGGGAGGUGGAUGCUGAAGCCAGGGAGGAAAGGGAUCUGGGAGUUGAGGCCAUUAGGAAGUCUCCAAAUCAUACACAAAAGACUUCUGCAGAUUCUAGACCCAAGGAGAUAGCUGUUACCACUCCAAAGAAGUCAGAGAGGCCAGCCCCAGAGCGGGAGGUGGCCUGUCCCUGGGAUAGCCUGCGUCCAGGGGACUCCCCUCAGCUUUCAGACACUCUGGAUGCAGACAGCACAAGAGCUGGGUACCAGGAACUGGACCAGGCAGGGAGCAGGCCAGCUGAAGUAUGUCCCUGGGAAGUACAAGAAUCUCCUACCAGUGAAAAAGCCAAGAUCUGUCCCUGGGAGGUAAAUGAAGGAGCUCCUGAGAAGGGGCUAGAACAAGACAUGGAGAGUGGAUCAGUAGGGCAGAGGGAGAAAACUCCAGGAAAGGUGAGACUGACCUCCGUGGGGGAAGACAUGUCAAAAUGGGUGGCGAAACUGAGUCCAGAACAAGAAGCUAUCUGUCCUUGGGAGAACAAGGACUUGAAGGAAUCUUCUGCUGAGGGCCCCAGGGCCUCAGACUCAUCCAGCAGCGUGAGUAGCAAACUGGCAGAGGUGCAUUCCUUGGAAGCAACAGAGAAGGGGGACCUGAGACAAGUCCCAAAGACAGGCUCCCUCCCAGAACACAUGACUCAAGAAAAAACUCCAGCUUCAAAAGCAGGAUUCAGUACUGAAAAUGGAGAAAAAACAAGCAACAAGCUACAAUCCAUCUGUCCAUGGGAGAGCAUGGCCUCAGAAGGUUCUUUCGCCCACCCUGACCAGCCUACAGCCAGCUCCCAGAGACUGGUUAAUGUUGGGAGCAGAGUUGCUGAGGUAUGCCCAUGGGAUGCUUCUGACCCUGAAGUAUAUAACCCUAAUAACAGUGCUAAGGAUGAGAUCUGUCCCUGGGAAGUGACUGAAAGAAUCCCUGUAAAAGAGGUAUCAAGACAGGAUGGAAAAGAGGAAUUUCAAGAGGACAGAGGCCCAGAAAAACCAGAGCCCAUGGGUGUGCCAGUUCAGAAAAAGCCAGGGAUGACAGACUUGGAGAAGCAUGAGGCUGUGUGUCCCUGGGAGAGUGAAGAUUGUGGGGGUCUAUCUUCUGACAGAAGUAAAGGCAGUUCUGAGGCAGCAGGCAGCAUGGGAGCCAGGGUAGCAGAAGUGUGUCCGUGGGAAGUGGAAGAGGCUUCUUCUACCAAGAAAGCAGAGAUCUGCCCUUGGGAGACUGGUAAAGGAGGAGCAGAUGAGCAGGGGCUGGAACAGAAGAUGGACAGAAGCUCACAAAGGCAAGGAGAGUCGUUCCCUCAGAAGGCGGGGGAUGGAGGGACUGAAGAACACUUUUCAAAAGCACCAGCAAAAUGCAGCAGUGAGCAGGACACAGUCUGCCCUUGGGAAGGCUCGGACUUGGGGGCGCCUAUCCCCCAGGGAGCAAGCAGUAUUGGGAGCAGAAUGGCAGAGCUUUGUCGAUGGGAAGUCACUGAUCCAGAAGGAAAUAAGAUAAAGGGCACUAUGGCAGACAUCUUUCCUGGGGAGGAACCCGGAGCCCCAUCUGAGGAACCUGGGCUCCUGGCUUUAACAGCAACUCGGACAGAAAUUUUCCCCACAUCCCCUGAGAAACCACUAUGCCUUUCAGUCCAUGGACCUCUGGAUCAUCAUUUCCUUCCAGAAAGCAAAAGCCCCCACCCUAAGGCAAGCAAGGCAGCCAGUACUUUCCCUCUAGAAGGUGUCAGAGAACUACAAGGACCUUCAGGGCUUGAGCCAUUAUCCAGCUUAGCCCCAGAGCCCCCAGAGAGUCUCCAAGAAGCUGAGACUCAGAAGUCUUCCUCCUUAACUGAAGACCAAGAACAAGUGGCUUUUGAAGCUGAAAAUGAAGAACUCAUCCCUCCAACUGUCUAUCCUUGGGACUGGGAGUAACAGAUCUAUCAGGUGAGGUUAAACACAGCUUUCAGGAACCAAGGUCCCUGCCAAGUCCAAGCGUUCCCAAAGAGCUAAAUAAAAAACAACUUGGCCACUUCUCCUUCUUGAGAAGGCCAGAGUUCAACUUGUUCUAAAAACAAAUUGUAUAAGAAGGGUGCAGCUCAGACCCCAAUGGGGAAGGCCUACCCUCUCUUUACUUUUAACUUUCUUCCUACUCAAGGAAAUAAAAGCUAGACCCCUGCUUCUCAAGACUCCUCCCAUCCAUCUAAAGCACUCAUCACAAGUCAUCUGAGUAUGGACACUCACUUGUAAAGCCAAUGUGAGGGACGAAAGGAAGUCAGCCAUGAUGGUCCUGCAUUGUCUCUUAGGGAGACCCAAUUCUUCCCUGAAGUCUACAGAGGUCCAGUCUUUGAAAAGAAACUAAACCUCAUUGGCAACAUAGGGACGGUGGACCAUAGAAUGCUAUAAAAGUCACCAUAAGAAGCUCAAGAAGCUAUUUAACUCAAACUCAAAGAUAAAUUGGGGAAAAACUAAAAUGACUCAAAAUAGGUGCCUGAAAUGCCUUAAGGCCCGUGUCAUUUUGACUCUGAAUCUCCCAUUUCUACUUUAUUGCUUCUUACACCUGCCCUACCUGACUGCUGAAGUAGAAACAAUCAGGCACUCUGACAUCCAUGUCAACAUCUGGCAUCCAGAGCAACAUCAGAGACACAGAAGGAAAAGCAAUUUCUUCAGGUCCUCCCUACACUGGUCAAGGGCACUCUCCCUUCCAGACAUCUUCAGUAUGCUUCUUGCUAAUCUUUUAGGGGAUCUCCCCCUCUUUCUGCCCUAGCUCUUGCCAGCCUCUAGCACUCAUCUCCCUGGCUCAUUCUCCUCCCCAUAACCUUUCACACUAUGGUCAACAGGACCCCUCUCUUCUGCCAAAACAACUAGAACCAAGGGGAAUCUCUGGUUUGAUGUGAGAACCACUCGUUGCUUAGUAAUAAGAGGCCACCUCAGUUUCCUUCCAGAGAAGGCCAGGAAAGAAAGGAGAAUGCUGUAUACCGUCAGCAUUGUAACUACUUAUGUCCUCAGAAAGGGCAGUGCUACCGGGCAGGUUAGAAGCCUGAGGGCCAGCAAAAAGCAUACUAAAUACAAAGCCUUCUUUCUUAGGGAGCUUUUUCUUCACUUACUUCUCUUCUCUCAACAACUCAGGCUACCCUUGCUUACGGCAGUACCAGAUAACAGAAUGCUGGGAUUAGAUAUUACCAGAGGGAAAUGAGAAAAGAAAAACAUACAAAGAAGUCCCAGGAUUGGUAGAGGUGAGGUGGGGUGGAAACAGGCAGGCUAAACAUGGCAGAGGUGGAUGGGGGUACUAAAGAUGGCAGUAAACCCCACCCUCUAACAAUACAAAGACUGGUGUCAUUCAUGAAGAGAAAAAAAGACAAAGAAAAAAUAAAAAAGAGGGGACCAAAUUCCCAAUGGGGAGAAAACAAGCUGUAAAGUCUAGUCUGCAUAUAAACACUGAGCUUAGAAUGUCAUGAUGUAUUGUGCAAGAAAAAGAAAAAAUAACCAGGGCACUUAAAGGGCUUCACAGAGAAAGUAGCAAAGUGCUCCAUUUCCAAAAGAGAACAGAGGAAUAGAGUAACCUACUCUCCUUCCAGGACCAGAUAACCUCCUUCCCACACCCAGGCCCUCCCACCUACCCAGGUUCCUGUCACUUGCCCUGGGCUUUUAAAGCAGUAAUUGAAGUGUGUCCUUGCUCUGGGCUCUAGUUAACCCCACGGCUUCUGAGCCAAUGUGGAUUUUGCUAUGCACGCCAAAACAAUCCCACUGGGUCUCGUCUAGCUGGGAAUAGCAAAUAGCAAAUAGCACACUUGCCCCCCAAACCUACUCUUGUGAAAUAAACCAUGCGGAAAAAAAAAUAAAGAAUGCUUUUUCUUGACCAGUACAGUUGGCUCUACCUUAUUCAAAAUGGCGAUUUGGUCAACAUUUUUAAACAGGAACAAUAGAUAAGGAAAAAACAAUGCCUAUUCCAAAGGCCAUGGUAACAAUA